AUGUCUUGCGACUCUGCCGUUUCUAUUGCAUGGGAUGUCUUGAAGAUCGUAGCUGUUCCCUUACAGCAUCAACUCAGUUACUUCACUUCCUCCAGGACCUACGACCGGAAUCUUCGGGAAGAAGUUGCGAAACUGAAACUCCUUUUUGAUCAAGUCCGAAAUGCCAUGGUGGAGGCCAGAAACAAUCUUGGGAUUGUCUAUGAUAGUGUCACGUACUGGCAGGCAAAUGCUGAGACGACCUUGAUGGAGGCGCAACACCUGUUGCGUAAAUUCGAAGAGGCGGCCAAGACUUGCUGCUACAGGACUCUUCCCGAACCCAGUGAUCUCUAUCAGUUCAGCUCGGAGGCCGAGGACAAAAUCGAGGAAAUUCAGCGACUUCUUCGAAUAGGCGCGAAUAUCGAAGGGAUCUAUUUCACCGUUCCUGUUACGGGGAUUGAGCACAAGGAAGAAGUCCUCUUCGAAUCCAGAGCUUCGAUCAUGUUGCACAUCAUGGACGCUCUUGCCGAUGACAGCAAAAGCGUGGUCGGGGUUUACGGGAUGGGCGGGGUCGGCAAGUCCACCCUUUUAUCGUCUGUCGAAAGGAUUAUAAGGAAACAGGGUUCGUUCGAUGUGAUCGCUAAGGCCGACUUGUUGGGAAAACGAGAGGUCACGAGUAUUCAAGGAGCGAUUGCGAACCAAUUGUCACUGACCAUGCCGAACAUAGAGAAUGACGUACGGCGAGCGGACUUCCUGCGCAGUAGGUUAGAUAACGACGGGCAGAUGAACAAGAAGGUCCUCAUAAUACUGGACAACCUUUCGGAGAAGCUCCAUUUAGAUAGAGUCGGCAUUCCUUGCGAACCUGGCAACAAAGUCAGGGGAUGCAAGCUGUUGUUGUCGUCGAGAGAUCGAAAUGUCUUGACUACGCACAUGCGUUGCGAGAGCAACAGCGUCUUUCGCCUACCUAAGCUGGAUGAGAAAGAGGCAAAGAAAUUGUUUGAGACGAAGAUGGGAGAGAGAGCUCAUCAUGAUGAUGUCAAACCCUUUGUGGCUAAAGCACUCCACAAAUGUGCAGGUUUGCCUUUCCUUAUUGUCGAAAUGGCAAAUCAUUUUACAGAUGCUAGUGAAUUUGCAUUGAGUGAUGCUUUGAACCAAAUCGACAUGUGCGCAAAUGAAGGAAUUGGUAAGAUAAUAAAUGAGAAGAUCCAAUCGAGUUAUGAUCGUUUAGAAGGCGGGGAGGUGAAGUCAUUUUUACGACUUUGUGUUGUUUAUGGCGUGGCUGAGCCCAAGCGUGAAAACUUGGUGCGGUACGGCGUGGGUUAUGCGUUAGUCUCAGAAUAUAACAGCAUGAGAAGUGCCAGGAAUAGGGUGAACACACUGAUUAAGACUCUUCAAGACUCCUCUCUUUCGUUAGACCGUGGAGACGCGGAUAGUUUCAAGAUACAUGACUUGGUUCAUAAGUUUGUUGCCUUGGUUGCUUCAAGGGAUGACCAUAUUCUCCUGUUGAAACAUCAAGAUAACCUGCAGCAGGACAAGCUCAAAAGUUGUAGGGCUAUAUGUAUUCCUGAUACUGAUGCGGUGAAGCUUCCGGAAGAGUUAAAUUGCCCUGAUUUACUCAUCUUUUUGCUGUUCUCUGGCAAAAAAUCUCUUGAGGUGUCGGAUUCGUACUUCAACUACAUGAGUAAACUCAAAGUCUUAAAUCUUACUGGGAUACGUCUCACUCGUUCGCGUUCGCAUUUGCCUUCACCGUUUCGGUUGUUGGAUAGCUUACAAACUCUCUGCCUUGAUGAAUGUUCGUUUGAUGAUGUAUCCAUUCUUGGUGAGCUAAAAAAGCUACAAAUUCUCAGCUUGGUGAACUCCAAAAUUGAUCGAUUGCCAACAGAAAUUGGGCAGCUGACAGAGCUGAGGCUAUUAGACUUGAGUAAGUGUUCGCAACUCAAGACAAUUGUACCGGAUGUGCUUGGAAGAUUGACCAAAUUGGAGGAGUUGUAUUUGGAGAAUAGCUUUGAUCAAUGGGAUCCCGUGCAUCCGAAAACUCCACGUACUAAUGCUAGUCUUACUGAGUUGAAAAACAUGCCGAACCUCUGCACUCUGCAUGUAUCCAUUCUCAAUUUGAGUGUACUCCCAAAGGAUCUAGAGGUGGAAAAAUUGAAGGAGUACAAAAUCCAAAUAGGUGAUGUGUCGCACUUGCCAUGUUACAAAGAAUCAAAGACAUUGAUGAUCAAGGCAAAUCCAGGAAGAAUUGAACUUUGGGACGCAUGCAUACAACAAAUCUUAGACAGCACUGACUAUCUGUAUUUGGACGGGUUGGAUCCAAGUGUGCGAACUAUUUGCAAGUUAUCCCAGGAAGACUUUCAGAAAUUAAAGCAUCUAUGGGUCGAGAAUAGUCCCUCCGUCCAUUACAUUCUCCUGCGCCCUUCCGUUACUUAUUUUAAGACAUUGGAGUCAUUAAUUCUCAAGAAUCUCCUCAACUUGGAAAAGAUAUGCAAGAGCCGUGCCUUCUCCGAGUCCUUCAAUUCAUUACAAGAAGUACAAGUUGAAAGCUGUGACAAGAUCAAAGUUCUGUUUCCUUUUCCAUUAGCAAGGCAACUUCCACAGCUAAAAGAGAUUAGAGUUCUCAGUUGCGAAUCAAUGCAAAAGAUUGUAGAAGUUAAUGAUUGUGGCAAAGUUGAGUUCCCUAAUUUGCGGGUAUUGGAAUUGCGUGAAUUGCCAGAUAUCGAGAACUUUUUCUCUGCGGAGACGGCUUCUUCCAGUAGUACAUCAGAUGGCCAUGUUGGCACUCAAGUUGCAUUCUUCUAUGGGCAACAGGUCUUAAUCCCGUCCUUGGAGUCCUUGAUAAUGGUUGGACUUCCCAAUUUCAAAGAAAUAUGGAGCGAUGAUUCUUCAUUGGGGCUGGCCGGUCUCCAAUCUCUCGAGGUGGUGAGGUGCAAAUCCCUCUCGAAGGUUAUCAACUUCGGCUCGCUAGUAAAACUACGCAAGUUACGCACCUUGAAAGUAGCACGUUGUGAUUCGGUGCAUGCAAUUUUUGACCUUGAUGAAUCAAGUGCCAAUGAAAAUGGUGGGAUUCCCUUUAUGCUAGACACCCUUUGUUUAGAGGAAUUGUCAAGCCUGAGGCGCAUAUGGAGCAACAAUCCUUGUGGUAUAGUGAGAUUCGAUUAUUUAAAGCAGUUAAAGGUGUCUGGCUGUGACAACCUCAAGUUUAUAUUUUUUCCAUCCAUGGUUAAAUCUCUUGCACAAUUGGGAGAUCUAACGAUACAAAAUUGUAAGAUAAUGGAGGCCAUCAUUGCUGAGGAAGAAGAGUUUGGGACGGAAACAUCAGAAGCUCUAGCAUUUCCGAUGUUAACCUCUUUAUGCUUUGAACGUUUAGAAAGUUUGACGUGCUUCUCUCAUGGAAAUGGUUCACGGGGAGUUCGGAGUCAAUAUCACAUUAAAUCACCCUCCACCGCCCUCUUCAAUGGAGAGGUUGCAUUUCCUAGAUUGGAGACAAUGAAAAUCACAGGCAUGGAUAACAUCGAGAUGAUUUGGGACUCUCGAAUUGCUGCGGAUUCUUUCCCCGCUCUAAAAUCACUAUGCGUGGAUGAAUGCAGAAAGCUAGUGAACAUCGGUCCUUCUUGCAUUCUACGAUGGCUCUGCAACCUGGAAAAGUUGGAAGCUAAAGCAUGUGGUUCGGCUGAAGUUGUUUUCAAACUUCAGCAACUGAAUUCCCUGGAUGGAAAUGAUAUUGCUUCUUUUCGGUUGAGAGAGCUUAAGUUAAUAGAAUUACCAGAGCUAAAGAGUGUAUGGGAUGAGGAGCUCUUCCAUGAAGUUAACUUCCAGUGCCCACGUUCUGUUGGUAUUUUUAAAUGCGAGAGCCUCACCUCUCUGUUUCCAGCCUCAAUGGCCAGAGAUCUAAUGCAACUUGAGGAGUCGGAGAUCAAUGAAUGGGGCAAUGCGGAAAUCAUUGAGGACACCUCACAUGCUUCACAUUGGCUGCCAUUGAAGACCUUGGAAGAGCAUGGCUGUGACGAAGGGGAGACACUUGCUUUGCAACCUGAGAAUAAGAUGUCACUUCGUAAACAGCCUCCUGUCUUGGUGAAAAAGAAGCGCCACAAGUAUCACGAGUACAAGUAUCAGGAGCACAAGUAUCAGGAGUACAAGAAUCAGGAGCAGAGCCGCUAUGGUUCCUGGAGUAAAGUUUAUGCGGCUGUCUGA